GUAAGACUAAUAAUAGAAAAAUUACAUUAUUAUUAAAAAUUAAAAUUACAUUAUUGCUUUUCCUAUUAAUACAUUUACGUAUGUCCAGAAUUAUAUUUAUAUUAAAUUUUGUAAACAUAAAAUAAAGUUAUAUAGCUUACAAUGUAUGCAUAUGUUAGCAGAUAAUACUUUUUGUAUUUAUCCACUUAGUAAAAACUCAUUAAAAGAUAUACAAAUAUCAAUUUUAAAUUUACCACUAAAAGAACGUUCAAGCCAUCGAUUAUUGUGAAUCUAUACAUUGUGCAUGUGCUCUCUGCGAUGUGUAAAGUAAAUGUGUAUACGGUAUCAGAUGAUAUUAUGUUUAAUACAGUAUAAUUAGAACCAUAUUGGAAUAUUACAUCUAAGAUGUGACCAGUCGAUAUAAUACAAAAAUUAUAAGUCUUAUAAAAAUAACUGGCAUUAAAAUAUUUUAUAUACAAUAAUACAUUGAUACCGUAGCAAGCAAAAAUAAAUAAUUAAGAAUUGAAAAUUCAAAAAAUUCAUCAACUCUUAAAAAUCGUUAUAAAUUCAAUCUCCUCGUAUUUUGUAUUUGUGGGUUUUAUAUGCUUAGUUGUUUUUAAUAAAUUAUGAAUUCAGAUAUGAUAUAACAUACCGAAUAAGACUAAUAAACUGAAUACAAAGAAGUUAGUUUCUGUGACUGCAGUGUUUAAUAUUCAUAACAUAAUGUAUUAACAAUUGUUUAAAUAACAAAAGGGUGCCUUAUUUGAAAUUAGAAAAUUUUAUAAAUACUAUGUCAUACAAGUAUAAUAUCUCUUUAAUACUUCUACAUGAAAAGAAAAUAGAAUAAAUAUUAAUGGGAUUAAGAAGCAUUAUAUGCCAAAUGAUAAUUAUAAAUAGUAUUACUAAAUAGUAUAAUUACUUUUUUGUACAGAAUAUUUAUUAAAUAUAUUUAAUUUGACAUAAUAGCAUUGUCAAUUCGAAAUAGAACUAAAUAACAAGAUUUAACAUAACCACAAGUAAUGUUAUAUAAAUAGAACCAUGAAAAUGUAUAGACUAAUGCAUCAUCAAAGAUAUGUUUUUCAAAAUCAAAAACUUUUACCUCUCACAUAUACCUGUAUGCGAUUUCAAAUACAAGAAGGGAAAAAGAUAGAAAAACAUAGAAUAUCUAACAUCAAAAAUUAUUGGUUUGAUAAAUAUAUAAAUUAUAUUAAGAAUUAUGAACAAGUACUGGAAAAGAAUUUUCCAAAGACAAUGCAUGUAUAUCGUAUAUUUAGUAUUGGUACCAAAGAUUUUAUUCAAGAUGUAAAAAAAUUUCUUCUGGUAAUGAAAAAGCAAAAUAUUGAUGGAGAUAGUAAUUUAAUUGCAGAUGAACUAAGGUUGAACUAUACAAUGCGUAAAGAUUUAAUAAAGAUAUUUCCUGUUUUAUUAAUAUCUGCCAUUCCUUUUACAAAUUACAUCAUCUUUCCAUUAGCAUAUUAUUUUCCAAGAUAUCUUUUAACUUCUCAUUAUUGGACGUUACAACAAAAACUGGAUUUUAUGCUACUGGAUCAUAAGAAAAGAUUAAAACACAACAGACCAUUGUUUAGGUGCAUGCAAGCAGAGCUUAACAAUAUUAAAAAUGAAACACUGAAAUUAAAAUGGAGUGGUAUUAUUGCAUGUCUUGGUAGUGGUACACAUCCUAAUGUGAAAGAUAUUAUUGCCUGUUCUGAAUUAUUUGCGGGUCCACCAUAUUCAUUAAAUAGUCUUAACAGAAAACAUACAAAAGAAUUACUUGGUAUAUAUAAUAUAUCUACUUGGACGCUUUUUAAAAGAAAAAAAUUAACAGAACGGGCUAUGUUAAUAAAACGAAUGGAUCAAGCAAUACAAAAAGAAGGUGGACCUACUACAAUGUCGAAUGAUGCAAUACGUUGGGCACUUUCAUUUAGGGGUGUAAGUCCUGCAAAUAUGUCCUUAGAAAGUAUGAGAAAUUGGCUAGAACAAUGGUUCAUAAUAUCAAAUACAGUCGAUGAAAACACAGUUUCAUUGUUGUUACAUAGCCCAAUACUGCUGGCAUACAAUCAUCCUACUAACUGGAUCCUUUUGUACACUUAAAACAACAUUAUCAAAUAUUUGUUCUUUUUAUUGUAAAAAAAAUGUAUAAGAAUUGUAACAAUACAAAGUUUAAAUAUUUGUGUUUGGAUUGUUUGUAUAGCAUAUAUGUAAAUAAAUAAAUUGUACAUUAUGCGCUGUACAAAUAUAUCUAUGUCAGAAGAAUACAAAAAUGUACAUUUUCUAUAGUAUUAUAUAAAUAUUUUAUCGUAUUUUCAGAAAAUUUUCUUUUUUAUAUAGCUAGCAAUAGCUCUCUUUUUUAUUUUUUGUAAACAGAAUUGUUAUUUUAGAAAAACAAAGCAAGAAUAACAUGUACAUAAAAUAAAAUAAUUAUAACUUGUA